AUGAAAAGUGUCAUAGCAUUAGUAAAAUAAUUCUUUAAUCGUAUAGCUUAAUAAAUUUAAUUAUCCAAAGAGACAAAUCCACCAUUUUAGUGAGAUUUAGGAUGGAAUUUUAUUUGCAUAGUUAGAAGAUGAUUUGUAUUUAAUAUCCUCCAAAUUUUAUUAGUUUUAAUUGUGAUUUGAAAAAAGUAUUAUGGAACUAGAUUAUUAAUAGUUUAUAAAGGAUAAGAAGAAAUCAUAACCUUUAAAUAAAAGAAUUUGUUGAUAAAACCACUAUUUAUGAUUGCAAUGAAGAAUUAACUAAUUUUAUCAAAUAUUUUCUUGAAACCCUUUUUUAUACAAGAAAAGAUGAAUUCAUUUACUUUAUGAAAUAAUGUCUUGAUCAGUAACAAGAAGAAAUAGCUUAGUUUAUUUAAAGUGAUUUUUAGGAACUCAAUAGUUUAUAAGAUUGUGGUUAAUUGGAAUAUCAUACAACAAGUACAAUUAUAUCACUAGAAGAGAAUUUAUAUAGUAAAGAUAAUAUUAUUACUUAAUAAACUAAAUAGAUUGAAUAAAUGAAAAAUGAUUAUCAAACUAAAUUUAUUGAAAUGCACCAUUAAAUUGUGGAGUAGGCAGAUAUAAUAGAGAAAAUGGCUUGUAAAGUUAAGUUUUUCUUAGAUAAAGUCAUUUGUAAUGAUUUUGAAGAAGCAUGGUUUAAAUUUUAAGAAUUUAAAGAAGAUUUAGAAAAAAAUAAACAAUAAAUUGAAGAUCUUAAUGCUUUACUCAAAGUUUAAGAAGAAGAAAUAUCGAAAAAAAGAAAAAAAAAUUAAAAAUUAAAGUCUUAAUUAUCUUCUAAUUAACCUACAGAGAGAGCAUUUGAUUAUGAAAUAUCAGAACCAAGGGAUUCUUUAGAAACAAAAACUAAUGAAUUACUGAAAAAGGAAAUUUUAGUCUAUAAGGAAGAAAAUCUUAAACUUUUAACUAAGUAAACUUAUUAUGAAUAAGAAAUACAUAAAUACAGAAAAAAAUUAUAUGAAUAUGAAUAAGAAACAACUUCAUAUAAAAAAAAGAUGGAAAAAUAUAAGAAUGAGUUAGAAGAAUGUUUAAAUUCAAACUAAUAAGAAAAAAAAAAUUACUUAGAUAAUUUGAGAUCAUAAGGAUUGUUAUCUUCUAAUAAUAGUUAGAUUCUUGAAUUAGAAUAAAAGCUUUGGUUAUCACCAAAAUCAAAUUGUUUUGAAAUUAACUAAUCUUUGAAUAAAUUUGAUCAACCUAUGAAUUAAUCUUUCAAGAAUUCUGAUGAAACUAAUUUAGCAAGACUUUAAUUACAAAUAACAGAAAAAAAUAAUAAAAUUGCCACUUUGGAGAGAUAAAUUAAUUUAAUGUAACAUGGUUCACAUUCAAGAGGAAAUUCUUUGACUAAGUUUAAUUAAUUACAAUAGGAAAGACAUGUAGAAUAAUCUACUUUAUUAGAAGUAAAUAAUUUUUAUGAUUCUAGAAUUUAAGAUUUUAUAUAUAAUAUUCAUAAAAAAAAGACAAAGAAGUUAAAGAAAUUAAAGAAUAAUAAAAUGAAAAUUUCUUAGAAAUAUGUAAAUAAUUAAUUAAAUAAAAUGAUUAAAUUUAGAAAUUGAAUUCCCUAAUUUUUGAACAUUAAAAUGAAGAGCUGAUGAAAGAAAAUACUCAAAACAUAAAUGAAGAUGAUGAAUAAAACCAGAAUCAAUUUUAUCUCUAAGCUUUAAAUGAUAAAGAUGAAUUAUUAAAAUUAAUCACUUCAAUAUUCUAUGAAAAUGUUAAAAUUUGA